CCACAGCUGAUCAAUUGCAUAUAUGUUUGUUUAUAUAUUUCAAGUACAUAUACGAUAACAUAUACGAUUUCAUGUUAUAUAUUAUUCCUAUCACAUAAUAGUGCUCUAUUUACAGCUAUUUUAUUAUCAGAAUGAGUUCCGCACAUUAUGAAAAUUGAAAUUACAUAGUAUUGUUGUAAAUGGCAUUGUAGAUAUAUAAAUAACCUUAAUUGGACGCGGUUAUUUGUUUUUCUGGUUAAACUGGCUUAAAAUAUCUAGUAUUGUUAACGAAAUAUUAAAAAAUGAUUAUUGUACUGUAAAAUGUCGUAUCAGGAUUCUCCGUUUUCGACCAUGUAUGGUCAGGAUGAUUAUGAUAUUGAUGAAGACAACGAUGAGUAUUUGGAAGAUGACAGAGAUGCUGAAGAACAAGAUGAAAGUGAUGAAGAUACAGAGGAGGCAAGCGAGACAGAUCUUGGUAAAUCUGAAGAGUAUACAGAAAUAAAAGAGCAAGUUUAUCAAGAUAAAUUAGCUAGUUUAAAGAAACAACUACAGCAAUUAAAGGAUGGCACACAUCCAGAAUAUAAUCGGAAACUAAAACGCUUGGAAACCCAAUACAAAGAAAGAUUACGAUUGAAUGUAAUUUACCGUGAUUAUUUGACAGAAUGGGUAGAACGGGACUAUAUAUUAGAAAAAAAAGCAGCAGUGAAGGAAUUUGAGGAAAAGAAAAUAGAUUUAAAGGAGAACUUACUAACGGAUAUGGAAGAGAAACGGAAAAUGAUUGAAUCUGAUCGACACACAAUGGAACUCACUGGCGAUUCAAUGGAGGUGAAACCUGUAAUGACAAGGAAAUUACGAAGGCGACCAAACGAUCCUGUACCUGAGAAAGUAGAAAAACGGAGGAAACCACCUCCCGCGCAAUUGAACUAUUUGUUAGAUGAAAAAGAGAUAGAGAGUGAUUUAAAAGCUAUUAGUCGCGGUAAAGUACUGACCACUAUUCGAAAACCAGCAAUACUACCACAUUAUAAUACAGUAAACAUGCCUUCUCAACAUAUUCCUCCACCCUCUGAUACCCCUAUAAUAGAGACUAGGAUAGAAGAUGGCAAACUUCUGCAUGAAAGACGAUGGUUCCAUCGUGGACAACCAGUGUACGUAGAAGGGAAAGAUUUAACUAGGUUCGCUGCAAAUAUUUCGGCGAUAGGAACUGAAGCUAUAUGGGUGAAGAAAGUUUCGGAUGGAAGCAAGGUGCGUAUAUAUAUAUCCCAAUUAAGUCGAGGAAAAAUUUCAAUCAAAAGAAGAGCAUCCUAAUGACUAUCGUAAAAGUAUUCGUUAUUACGGGUAUAAGUGUUCAGUAAUUGUUAAACUUGUGAUACGUUAGACUUGUAGUUUAUUGAAGUUCUAUUUUCUGGAUUCAAUAUAACUCUUACUGUACUUGUCUUUUGCCACCAAUAAAACCAGAUCUUCUGAUGAUACUGUA